AUGGAAGGCGUUUUGUUCGCCGUUUCAUCAUUUUCCAAUCCACUUACUGUCACUUCCGUUGACUACAAUAACUACUUGAAUAUUACCUUCGGCGCUGUCCUUGCUUCCAGCAUUUCAGCUCUCUAUCCCAUCUCAAUGUUCAAUUCAACCGUUGCACCUGCCAUGUACGCUAUAGCUGCCGUUAUUACCGAUGCUGAAUAUGCAUGUCCAGCACGUCGUGCUCUCAAAACGUCGUUAACAAGUCAACUUGGCACGUACGCUUAUUUGUGGAAUCAUGUCACAAGUUGUCCGUGGGAACCGUCAAUACCAUCUGGUCUACUCUCCGUUUUAGGUGCUACACACACUAGUGAACUCGCAUUCGUCUUUGGAGUAACGUCAAACUUACCACGACCCAAUGGAACAUGUGCGUUGUCAACAAGUGAACAAAUGCUCAGCACAGAGAUAGUGACUGCCUGGCAGAGUAUGUCGAAAAAUGGCUAUCCAACAUUGGCCAAUGGGAGCAAGUGGCUAGACUGGAGUCAAGGAGGACAAGGUGUUAGAUUCGAUGGGAACCUUACGUUUAGAAUAAUCAAUAUGACACAAUGUGACUUUUGGGAUGCGAUCCAAACGGUCACUACAACUGCUGCUACUACAAAUAAUACAACUCUGAUGACAACGAAUCUUAUUACUGUCGCUACUACAAGCACUACAGGUGCAGCUACAUCUUAUCUCAGUAGCACAACUGGAUUUGUUCUGGCAACAGUCGUUGUACUUAUACAUAUGUGA